AUGUCAGGGAAGGCGAAGGUCUACCAAGGCGUUCGAGUGAAGAUGACCGUGAAGGAACUUCUGCAGCAGAGAAGAGCCAAACAGGCCAUGGUGGCUGAAGCUGUUUUUGGAGAAUGCAGCGGAAACGUCCAGGCUGGUGAGGCUUUUUCGCCUCCCUGCACAGUUCCUUACAUCAACACGGCUCCUGAAUCUUCCUUAUCCGGCGGUUUACCACCUUGGCAGUUCCAGAACGGGAGCUCCUGCGAGGAAAUUCCCCAUUAUUUGGAGCAGCUGGUGGAUUCUUGCCUUCAAGCUGAGCCACUGCUGGAGGUGCCCUUGGCCCUGGCACAGGACAACCUGGCCUGCUCACCUGAGAGCUUCCAGCCAGCCCUCACCUGCCUGGUACUUGAGUUUCUGGGUUCCGGAUCCCCCGAGGUUCCUGAUCCCUCCAGCACCUUCGAUUACAGCUAUUCCUCAUCUCAGAUGCCUCCUUUCGCCCCACUUGGCUACAGCUGCCCGGCUCUGGAUGGCAGGAGUUGCAUGUAUUUGCCCCCAGAGGAAAGCACCUGCCAGCCACAAAACCACGUCCCACACACCUCCGGCCUAUCGACGUGCUACUGCACCCCGUGCGGUUCCCAGCACUUGGACACUUUUCGAGCUUCCGAAUUCUUUCCCUACGCCACCCUGGAUUGCAAAGACUAUGCCCCUUCGGUCUCUAUGACGGAUGACUUCUGGAAGGAUAGGAGUUGGGACCUGUGCUACAGUUAGCCUAGCGAUGGCCGCCCGCACUUGUGAAUGCAGGAGUUCUCUGGACUCAGGUCCCCCAUUGUGGGUUUGCCAAGGGCUCCAAAUGAUACCUUUCUCAGGUCAACCAACAUGGAAAGGGCAGGAUGCAAG